UCCUGAGCUGGAGAGCCCCGGCCUCGGCUCCCUGCAGCCCGGCGAUCAGCCCGGGCAAACUGCACGGCCCGCGCUCCGUGUGCACUUGCUGGGGGUCCUCCUCUGCCAUCCCAGCCCAGCGCGUCCCGAGCCGAACCGGACUUAAGCGGACGACGAGGCGGAGCCUGCUAGUUUGGAAGGAGGAGAGGUCGCCGCGGUGCUAGGUGGACAUCAGCGCGCCGUGUUGUUGUUGUCGUCGUCAGCCAGCCGACAUCUCGUCCCUCCAGCUUGUUGCACUUUACAGUCUUCAUGGGGCGGAAGCAUCAGACCCGAGUGUGGCGGUGCAUGAGGGAAAUGAAGACGUGUGCGAGCAGGAAAACAAGAAGCUUGUUGCUCUGGUGCUCCCUCACCUUAUGGGAGUUCUUUGCAUGUGCGCCGUGUAGUAGCUGUCAGCCGUGCGCAUGCGCAGUGGCGGCCGAUGGCAAUGAAAAACAACACGCACACAUCUUUGGUGAUUCACGAAAACGACGUUCCACGUGACGGCCCCAUCUUUGUGCAGAAGGUGAGGUUUGAAGGCCACAUCAACGCCAAGAUGCCUGCGAGCUACCUUCUGGCAAAGGAGGAGAAAUACAGGCUGCUAAAUGCAAAGCUGGAGGCUAAAACAGCAACUCUGGCAAUGCGAGAAGAUCAACUCAAGAAAGAACGUGAAGAAUUUUUAUCAAAAACCUCAGUCAUGCCCCCACUUAAAGAUUCAGAGGAUGAACCAGCCGCGAGCAAAACCAAGGAUCGACUGACACCUGUGCAGAGGCCUCGUGAGAAGGCGGAGGCCAAAAAAGGGGUGAGGCCAGCAUCCCAAGGAAGAACAGGAGUUUUUGGAGACGGUUCAGGAGCCACAGCAGAUCCUGUUGAGUCCUUCCUGGCAAAGACCAUAAAGAACAUGGAAGACAAGAUGAAUGGUGACAAUGAUGUGUUCAAUGAUGGCGACAACGAAGGCAAGGGUGUUUCAUCUGCACAAAUACAUGCUCUGAUGGCCAACAUAAAAAUUAUGCAAGGGGAAAUGGAUCAGCUUAUGACUGAAAGACAAAAUAAGGAAGAUGAAAAUGUCAAGCUGAAUACAAAAGUCAGGCAGCUGGAGGAGGAUCGAGUCAAGCUGCAGAGGAGCGUCAACAUCCAGCAGACAAAGAUUGACAAGCUGAAAGCGUCAGAGAACGAGGCCGUCAUCAAAUGUGACAGCCUUCAGCUGCAAGUGUCUGCUUUGCAAAAGGAAAUUGAGAAGUUGAAUAAAUCCACCAAACAAGGGGCAACGGUCCACAACACUGUGGAGCUUCGUCUCAGCAGAGCACUAGAGGAGGUGGAGCGCUUAAAGGCAGAGCUCAACAAAACUAAACAGAUGAACAAGGACAAGACAAACGAGGAGCAUCAGAACCGUGAAAAUCUACUAGCAGAAAACAAACUGCUAAAAAGGCAGAAAACAGAGCUCAUCAUCGGAUUGAAGAAACAAUUCAAGCUGAUUGAUGUUCUCAAAAGACAAAAGAUGCAUUUGGAAGCUGCCAAGCUGCUGUCCUUCACAGAGGAGGAGUUCAUGAAAGCCUUGGAUUGGGGCAAGACCUAAAUACUUGUGGACUGUUUCCAUUUUGGUGUAAUACGCUGGCCUCAUAAUAAAGGAGUGUGGGACACUGCAAUAGUCUAUGUUUUAGUGGGCAGUAUCUCUUAAACCGCCACCUUCUUCAGCCUUCUAGACUGCCCAACACAUUCUACAUACAUUACAUUUAAGUCUUGGUACAGUGCAAAUUAUUUGCCACUUGCCAAGAUUGUAAACUUUAGAGCUUAUUUACUUAUUUCUUUUGUCUAUGUUAAUAAAAACAGAAUGAAAAAAAAAUUAUAAUAACUAUAAUAAUAACCAUUGAAAUAAGGUAUUUUGGUCCCCCACAUUGAAAAUGUUUUAAAGAUUCUGCAACACUUCGAGUAUACUGGAAUUAAGAGUUGCUAGUUGAAUAAUGCUUGAAAAUUAUUGCUAAUUUCUAUAAAAUAUUAAUUAAGAAUGUCUUAUCAAGUAAAAUUAUCUGUCCAUUCGACUAGUUAAUUACACAAGGUUUUAGUAUUUUUUUUCCUAAAAUUUAGUCUUUUUAAUCUUGUAUUUUGACAGCUCUUUUUUGCAGUAUGUCCUGAUCAAUAAAUCUCAUCAUUAAAAAAUGUUGUUUUGACUGGCACUAGAUUAUUUUUAACAAUAUUUUUAUUGCUGUGGCUGUAUAGAUUGCAAUUGCACGACAAUUCUAGCUUUCCUGUAGGAUGGCAUCAGGUAAUACAUGUGUACCCUGAGUUGGUCAUGAAAGGAUUGCCAUCAUUCAGCCAUAAAAAGUUUGUAACGUCUGAAACUUAAAAUAAAAGCUUCAAAAAUCAA